AUGGCAAGUAAUGGAGACAUGAUACCACGUGCUUUGAGGGGUGUUGCAUCUCUAUUUAGCAUUACUGCUGCUACUUUGAUGAUUACUGCACGUCAAAGAACUACUUCUCAUGUUUAUUUUGGUGACUUGGCACCUUAUUGGUACUUUGUAUUUGCAAAUUUUACUAUUGCAGGUUACAGUGCUUUGCUCAUUUGUCUUCCAUCUAAAAGUCAAUUGUGGCGAUUUGCAGUUGCUUUGGAUUUGAUUUUGACAGUGAUUAUCUUCUCAAGUUGCUCAGCAGCAUUGGCAGUUGGUUCAAUGGAAAGCAAAGGGAACCCUCAUGCUGGUUGGUUGCCAAUAUGUCACACAUUUCCUAUCUAUUGCUUCAGAGUAUUCUUAGCUAUUGGAAUUGGCUUUUUUGGCUCACUAAUUUAUGUCAUGUUGCAAUUAUUGUGUAUCCAAGAAGCAUUUAAUUCCAUUCUCUUAGACUAA